AUGUCAAUGCCCUUCAUGAGGCGAGAGGUAGAACCGGUAGAACAGUUCAAGACGCAGGAGGAGCUGCAGGCCGAAGCCAAGCAGAAGAAGAUCCAGGAGGAGAUCGACGCCGGUAUGCGGGAGCCCGUCACGGGCAUGGUCUACGGUCUUUACGACCCAAAGAACCCCGACGCGGCCCCCACAAUCUCCAGCAAGGUAAUGACGCUCUUCGGAGACGGAGGCGCCAGUUGGCGCGCCAAGAUGCUCAAACGCGCGCAGGACCGAGCGCGUGCCUCUGGCGUGGCUCUAGAGGAGGUAGUAGGUGAGAGAUUUGGCUCGGUGAGCGAGCUCAGAGAGAGCGCGAGAGGCUCCGCAAGGGAGAAUGCCCACUUGCAGUACAAGCGCCAUCGGGUGGAAGAGAAGGAGGAGGGUGGUAGAACGAGACGCACGCUCGAGAUUGGAAGGGAUGCCAAGGAUAAAACGUUGCUGUCGAAGUAUUCGAGUAGAGUGCAGCGCUCGGUGACGCAGGAUCUGGAGGAGGAGAGCGGACGCGGUGAAGGAAGGCGUAAGGAUCGAAGCCUUACGCGCAGAGGCAACCAGGAGGACGAGGAGGACGAACCCAUUGACUACGACAAGCUACCUGACUUUGAAGACCCUCCUCGUGUCAUCGAUCAAGCAAAGCUAGAAGCUGAGCGACUGCAGUUGGAGAAGCGUAAUGCGUUCCUGUAUGGCAACAAGAAGCCGGCCACCUCCGCGGAUGCUGAUAAAAGCUCCGUGUCGGCUUCUUCGGCAAGAAGUAGUGCCGACAAAGAAGACGAGAAGGCUGAGCUUAACAAGCUGGCAGCGAAGGCCUUGCGGGCUCAGAUGAUGGGCAAGUCUGCUCUGUUCCGGAAACUGACAGAACAACUCAAUGAGCUGGAGGCCAAGCUCGAGCGUGAUAAGACAGCUGCAACCGUUCCGCACUACGAAGCGAUCACUGGUGCGCUGCCACCGCUGGAGAAAGAAGACAUGCGGUAUGGAUCGCGCAAGGGCAAGAAGAAGCGUGCAGAUCCCAUGGACGUUGGCGGGCCGGAUGUGGCAGCUUCGCUUGAGGAGCUUGUGCGUGAAGAGCGGAUGUCUAGUGCCCGCGUGGGCCAAGGCAACAUGGAUUCUAUUCAUGCUCGGAAUAUUGUUCGGCUGGGUUCGCACUACAAGGGCACGGAAGUGAACGCUCAGAACCUCUCGAGUGGAUUCGAUGAGGAGGAUCAAGUGGAUAUGAAGAUGCUACAGGAGCCCGGCUCGAAUUUGACUCGGCGUGCUCAAGCACAACGUGAACAUGCACUCGCCGUUAAUGAGACGAAGAAGUGGGAUCAACGAACGCAGAAAUGCCAGUUGUGCAUGAAGAGCCCAGCUUUCAAGAAGCAUUUGAUGCUGUCGUUGGGUGAGUUUACCUACCUAGCAGUUCCAAGCCGGCCUCGCCUGCAUCCCGGACACUGCGUGAUCGUGCCGAGUGAUCACACGUGCUCGGCUGUUCAAGCAGAUGAACAGACCAGCGAGGAGAUCACGCGCUUCCAGGACUCACUCGUUCGUAUGUGCGAAAAGCAAUAUGGCAUGAGCAUGGUGUUUAUCGAGCAAACAAGCGCACCUCACCGGAAGAGGCACACAGUGAUCGAGUGCAUUCCUGUGGACUCCGAGCUGGCGCUGGACACGCCGCUUUACUUCAAGCAGGAGCUGAUGCAAGCCGAUGGGGAGUGGAGCACCCACAAGCCGAUCAUUGACACGAGCAAGGGCGGCAUUAAGAGUCACGUGCCACCAACGUUCUCGUACUUCCACAUUGAGUGGCGUACCCGCGAAGGACGUGGUGGAUAUGCGCACGUGAUCGAAGAUGAGGACAAAUUUCCACGAGAAUUUGGCGUCAAUGUCGUGGCAGGCAUGCUGGAUGUUACACCGCCAAAGUACGGACGACGCGGGGGUGGCAAUCGCCGCUCAGUGGAGAAUGAGAAGAAGGAGGUGCUGGCGUUCUUGAAGGACUGGGGAGCGUUCGACUGGACGCAAGAUCUCGACGGCGGAGAGAUCAAGUCACAAAGCUGAGCCAGAGGGCGUCUUCGUUGGACAUGUAUGUAAUCUGUGCAGCGGGGUUAUUCUAUUCAGCCCGAGCAGACCUUACUCUGUUAGUACACUCAGAACAUCUU